UGAGAUGGGUACCACUAUGAUUUUAACAUGCUUACUCUUGCUAGGUCCAGCAGUUCUGGAGGCAAAAACAGCUCCGUAUGUCCAGCUGGUGAACGGAAGGCACCCAUGCGAAGGUCGUGUUGAGAUCUAUUACAGAGGACAGUCGGGGACAGUUUGUGAUGACUUCUGGGACCUCGCAGAUGCCCAGGUUGUGUGCAGGCAGCUGGGAUGUGGCAAGGCCAUUGCAGCUCUAGGAAGUGCCUACUUUGGGCAAGGCUCGGGUCCCAUCGUGCUGGACAACGUGAGGUGCAGCGGAGAUGAGGUGUCCUUGCUGCGCUGCAAUCACACGGGAUGGAGGAUCCACAACUGUGAUCACAAUGAAGAUGCUUCUGUUGUCUGUUCAGACGACUCUGAUCUAACACCAACAGAUACAACAGCCUCAACACUGGAGACAACCUCCAUAGAAGGGACAACAUUCACACAAUCAACAUCUCUGAGAGAGACAUCAGUGUCAGCAUCAACAGUCCUCCCGGAGGAGAAGGCAUUCCUGAGGGAGAUGGCCACAACUGAAUUAACAACCAACACAGGGGAGGUGACACCCCCACUGCAGACAGCCACCACGGUGCCAUCAACCCCCAGAGAAGAGACACCCUUCCUACUGGAGAUGGCCACCACAGUGCCAAUGACAACCUUAGAGGUUACAACCAACACAAGGCUAAUGACAUCCCCAGGAGAGAUGUCCACUUCACCAGAGUUGGCAAUGUCAUCCACUGCCCUACCACUGCCUGAUAUGAUCACCACAGUGAGAUCAGACACCAAAGCAGACGAGGGCAAAACAGUAAUGAGCUCCUUAGCAGACACAUCCAGCCCAAUAUAUCCUUCCACCACAGCACCAUCCAGUGCCACACCAGAGGUGUCCACCUCAGCAGAGAUGUCCACAUCCACAAAGAUGAUAACCUCACCAUUGAUUACCACCUCAGAGGAAACAACUGUGGGAGGAGAGGGGAGCACACCAGGUAACCCUGUCAUCUCUUGCUCACUGGUCUUCUUAGUGCUCCUCAACUUUUAACUGAGUAAC